AUGGUAGAUUCUGAUCCUAUCUUUGCUAUUGAAGGAGUAUUAAUGCAAAAGACAAAUGUAUUCCGAUCGGAUCGUAAGCUCUAUGGCAUAGUUACCGAAAAAGUAUUCUCUACGUUCACAGAUGAAAAAUAUCAGCGUCUGUACAAAGAGAUUUCUUUAGACGACAUCAAAUCAGUUUCUCUUCUUAAUGGCUGCCGCCCAGGUUUCACCAUUACACUUGAAGACUCUGACGAAGAGUUAAGUUAUUUUUGUCAAUCUAAGCACCAGGCACAGAAAUGGGUUUGUGCACUUGAGUUAAAACCAUUCAGUAACAAUCUUGAUCUCUCUGAUUUUGAGUUUAUCAAAGAAAUCGGAAAAGGAGGUUCUGCUACAGUUUAUGUAGCUCGAAACAGGAUCACAAACGAACUUGUAGCUAUUAAAUGCAUUGAUAAAGCUAACAUUUCAUCAGAUAAAAGAAAGGAACACAUUCAAUCUGAAAGAAAUACUCUCAUGAGAGCUCGUCAUCCCUUUAUUAUUCGUCUUUACAAUGCUUUCCAGACCAACACACAUCUCUUCUUUGUGCUUGAAUUUGCUCAUGGAGGUGAUCUCCAAUUCCAAUUAGAAAGAAAUUGUUUUUCAGAGUACCAAAAGAAGCUUUACCUUGCAGAAAUUGCCCUUGCAGUCAAGUCACUCCAUAGUAUCGGUAUCAUUUACAGAGAUUUGAAGCCAGAAAACAUUUUACUUGAUGCAAAAGGACAUAUCAAACUUGCCGAUUUCGGAACAGCCAGAGAAGUCAGACCAGACUGCUCUUGCACUUCUUUCUGCGGCACAGCAGAGUUCCUUGCUCCAGAAGUCAUCCAAGGAAAAGAAAAUCAAUCUUUCGCCAUUGACUGGUGGAGCUUUGGUGUUGUUGCUUACAUGUUCUUCGUUGGAAGCUGCCCAUUCACUUCCCCACUCAGAACUCGAUUGUUCGAGAGCAUUGUCCACAAACCCCUCAGAUUUCCUCCGAAAUCUGUAGACCCUGUCACACAGGACUUCAUAUCGAAGCUGCUAGAGAAGAACCCAGCAAAGAGACUCGGAAGCCCUGGAUAUGAUAUAUUCAAACACCCGUUCUGGGGAGAAAUCAACUGGGAAAUGGUCCUCAAGUGCGAGUACGCACCAGACUUUGUGCCGAUCUCUGAUGAAGAGGACCCUGGAGUCAAUUUCGAAUCAGAUGAAUCAACUGUCGAAGUUGACUGCUUCGAAAGCUCAAACGAUUUCGAUAGAAUUACUAAUUUCACUUUUGACAAUACUAAUGUUGUUUAUGCAUAA